GUCCUCCCGCGCUCUGUCGCGCUGCAGGUGACGGCGCCCGGAGGCUGUCGGGAAGUAGGCGGGGUGACGUGGGAUUGACGAGCUCCGCGGCGGGUUUGCCGAGAUCAGUGGCUGGCUGCUGCUGGUGUGGGGGGCGGCCAGAGCUUGAGGUGGAGCGGGGCGGUGUGUGGCCGGGGCCAUGACGGGCAAUGCCGGGGAGUGGUGCCUCAUGGAAAGCGACCCCGGGGUCUUCACCGAGCUCAUUAAAGGAUUCGGUUGCCGAGGAGCCCAAGUAGAAGAAAUAUGGAGUUUAGAGCCUGAGAAUUUUGAAAAAUUAAAGCCAGUUCAUGGGUUAAUUUUUCUUUUCAAGUGGCAGCCAGGAGAAGAACCAGCAGGCUCUGUAGUUCAGGACUCCAGACUUGACACAAUAUUUUUUGCCAAGCAGGUAAUUAACAAUGCUUGUGCUACCCAAGCCAUAGUAAGUGUGUUAUUGAACUGUACCCAUCAAGAUGUCCAUUUGGGAGAGACAUUAUCAGAGUUUAAGGAAUUUUCACAAAGUUUUGAUGCAGCUAUGAAAGGUUUGGCACUGAGCAAUUCAGAUGUGAUUCGACAAGUACACAACAGUUUUGCCAGACAGCAAAUGUUUGAAUUUGAUGCAAAGACAUCAGCAAAAGAAGAAGAUGCUUUUCACUUUGUCAGUUAUGUUCCUGUAAAUGGAAGAUUGUAUGAAUUAGAUGGAUUAAGAGAAGGACCGAUUGAUUUAGGUGCAUGCAAUCAAGAUGACUGGAUCAGCGCAGUGAGGCCAGUCAUAGAAAAAAGGAUACAAAAGUACAGUGAAGGUGAAAUUCGAUUUAACUUAAUGGCCAUUGUGUCUGACAGAAAAAUGAUAUAUGAACAGAAGAUAGCGGAGUUACAAAGACAACUUGCUGAGGAGGAACCCAUGGAUACAGACCAGGGUAAUAAUAUGUUAAGUGCUAUUCAGUCAGAGGUUGCCAAAAACCAGAUGCUUAUUGAAGAAGAAGUACAGAAACUAAAAAGAUAUAAGAUUGAAAAUAUCAGAAGGAAGCAUAAUUACCUGCCUUUCAUUAUGGAAUUAUUAAAGACUUUAGCAGAACACCAACAGUUAAUACCACUAGUAGAAAAGGCAAAAGAAAAACAGAAUGCAAAGAAAGCACAGGAAACCAAAUGAAGAAGAUGCUUUGGGAUGUAUACACAUUUCUGCUUCUGCACUUAUUUUCAUGGAAACCAUUAAGUAUAAAGAACUUUGAGCAUCAUCCUAAUUGACUCAAUGCACGUUUGGCAAUAGUACCAGUCUGUCUUGUCUUUAAUGCAUGGAUUCUUUCCCUACCUGCAUCAUGUGCAUGUAGUGCAUAUUAAAUAAAAGUGAUAU